AUGCAUAUCAAAUCCCUCUUCAUCAACCUCCUUGCCUUGGCCAUCACGGUCAAGGCUCUCCCGCAAGCCGAACAUGACAACCUUGGUCUCGAUGCAAGGGAUGCUGAGGGCAACCUUUACGGCAAAUGCGUCUGCCCCGACGGCCAGGUUCUCAAGUACGGCAAAUGCGUAUGCCCCGACGGCCAAAUCCUCAAGGACGGCAAGUGUGUCUGUCCCGACGGCCAAGUCUUGAAAUACGGCAAAUGCGUAUGCCCUGAUGGUCUGAUCUUCAAGGAUGGCAAAUGCGUCUGCCCUGACGGCCAGGUUCUCGAGUACGGCAAAUGCGUAUGCCCCGACGGCCAAAUCCUCAAGGAUGGCAAAUGCGUCUGCCCCGACGGCCAAGUUCUCGAGUAUGGCAAAUGCGUAUGCCCUGACGGCCAGGUCUUGAAGUAUGGCAAAUGCGUCUGCCCUGACGGCCAGGUUUUGAAGUAUGGCAAAUGCGUCUGCCCUGACGGCCUAGUCCUCAAGUAUGGAAAAUGCGUCUGCCCUGACGGCCAGGUCUUGAAGUAUGGCAAAUGCGUAUGCCCUGACGGCCUAGUCUUCAAGGACGGCAAGUGUGUCUGUCCUGAUGGUCAAGUCCUCAAGUACGGCAAGUGUGUUUGCCCUGAUGGUCAAAUCUUCAAGGACGGAAAGUGUGUCUGCCCUGAUGGUCAGGUCUUCAAAUACGGUAAAUGCGUUUGUCCCGAUGGUCAGAUCUUCAAGAACGGACAAUGUGUCUGCCCCGACGGUCAGGUUUUCAAAUACGGCAAGUGUGUCUGUCCCGACGGCCAGGUUUUCAAAUACGGCAAAUGCGUCUGCCCUGGUAAUCAGGUCCUGAAAUACGGCAAGUGUGUCUGUCCCGAUGGUCAGAUCUUCAAGGACGGCAAAUGUGUCUGCCCAGACGGUCAAGUUCUUAAAUACGGCAAGUGUGUUUGUCCCGACGGCCAGGUCUUCAAAUACGGCAAAUGCGUCUGCCCUGACGGUCAAGUCUUCAAAUACGGAAAAUGCGUCUGCCCUGACGGUCAAGUCUUCAAGUACGGAAAAUGCGUCUGUCCCGACGGUCAGACCUUGAAAUACGGAAAAUGCGUUUGUCCCGACGGUCAGAUCUUCAAAUACGGAAAAUGCGUCUGCCCCGGUCAUCAGGUCUUCAAGUACGGAAAAUGCGUCUGCCCUGACGGUCAGGUUUUCCAAUACGGAAAAUGCGUCUGCCCUGGCGGUCAAAUCUUCAAGUACGGCAAAUGCGUCUGCCCUGGUAAUCAGGUGUUCAAGUACGGCAAAUGUGUCUGCCCCCACGGUAAAAAGUGGAAU